UCGGCAAUGAGAGGAGGGGAGAUGAGCGUGCUGUUGAAGGGGGCGUAUUGGACAGGAAGGCAAAAAAAUCCUUUCCCAGUAACUAUAUGUAUCUUAUUGUAGGAAAAACUGAGAGAGAGAGCAAAAAAAGACAUCGUAUAUCCUUCCUCUCAUUGUAAAGAAAAAAACUUAAUACUAAAAUAUUUCUUUUUCUAAAUAAAUACUACAUUUUUGCAUAUUUUAACUUUAAAUAGUUUUUUUUACAAAAUAAAUGGGGGAUUACGGGUUCGGUUUGUUGCAGACAGCUAACAUUACGAACGGCUCCACGAUCUUCGGCGGAGGCGCUUUUAGGUCAUACAGUAGUCCCUCAGCAGCCUCUACCCAGUUUCCCCCUCUCUCUCCAAGCAGCUUUUCUAUUUCCAGCAGCAGCAGUAACGUCGCCGUGUCCUCUCUGUUCCUGUCAGCUGCUGCGCAUCAUCAAAACAUGCAGGAUGAGCUGCUUCUUGGAGUGACAACAGCGCAGCAGCAGCCCCCGUCAGAGAAAAACAGCAGCAUCAAGGCAGGUCAGCAAAGCAACGGCAACCCAGAUUUCGCGAAGCAGCUGGAGCAGCACAAGCGCCUCGAUUUCUGCCACCUCCAGCAGCAGUCUGAUUUCAAAGCAGGGUUGACACACGAAAAAUUCGUGCAACCGCAUCAAAUUAAUAACCUGCAGCAGGAGCUGAAGAAACACCAUCAGCAGAUAAAUCAGCAGCAGCAGCCGCCGCCUGUGGGCGACUUCGGUCAUCUGGCUCAGCAGCAGCAGUACCAGAGCCUCAACCCCCUGCAAUCGUCCCCCAAAUCGGAUCAGGGCAGCUGCGAGCGGAGCUUAGAGAGCCCUGUCAAGAUCAACGCCUCUGCCAGCGACGACGUCGCGGCUUCCGAAGCCAAUGUGGUGGCCUCUGCUGCUAGCGCCGCUUCGUCAUCGCCAUCUGUGAACCCCGGCAAGGCUAAAAUCCAAAUGGAGAGCCCCAACAACCAUCUGAUGAACAAUAACAACAAUGGGGCCAGCCCUUCUAGCGGCAUGCUGCCCUCCGGUUUGGGAGCUGGAUUCGGAGCCCUUCAGACUACGGAGCUGUCGAGUCAGCAGCCACAGCCACCGCCUCCUCCCGGGGGCUCCGCGUCGCCUACAUUGCCGGGCUUUGCCACCCCUUGGUCAGUGCAGACCAGCUCUCCGCCGCCCGCUGUCAGUAACUCGAGCAACGGCAGCCACGCUAGCCCAAUGAGCCAGAUCGGCAACUCCGAGCCCGACAACAGCUUCUACCCCGGGAUCCCCUCCUCCAUCAACCCGGCCUUUUUCCAGAGCUUUUCUCCGGUGUCUGCUAAUCCCUGUCCCGGAAUUAAUGUGCCGGGCUUCAGUAGUCCCUUCUCUCCCCAGAUCAAUCUCGCGCAGCAGCAGCAGAGCAGGCGAUCACCAGUCAGUCCUCAAAUGCACCACCAACACCAGGCUGCUUUUCUCCAACAGAGAAACAACUACAAUCACCAUCAGCCCAUUUUAAAGCAGUCACCCUGGAGUAGUCAUCAAGGCAGUGGCUGGAGCUCAGGCGGAAUUUCCUGGGGUGGACUGCACGGUAGGGACCACCGUAGGCCUGGCGGUAUGGGGCUUCCAGGCACCAUAAACCAGAUCUCCCCUAUGAAGAAGCCAUUUUCAAGCAACGUCAUUGCUCCUCCCAAGUUCCCUCGCUCUGCAGCUUCACUGACACCAAAAUCGUGGAUUGAGGACAAUGUUUUCCGCACAGACAGCAACAGCAACACUCUUCUGCCACUACAAGAUCGCACUCGAAUGUAUGAUAGCUUGAACAUGCACUCCCUUGAAAACUCCCUGAUUGAUAUAAUGAGAGCUGAGCAUGAUCCCUUGAAAGGCCGAAUGGGAUACCCUCAUGCUGGGGCUGACAAUCUUCUUAUGCUAAAUGCAAGGAGUUAUGGGAGAAGAAGAGGACGCUCCUCUCUGUUCCCCAUUGAUGAUGGAUUGCUUGAUGAUGGGCACAGUGAUCAGGUGGUUCCAGGAGUGCUUAACUCUCCCAACUGCUACGCUCACCAAAAUGGUGAACGGAUUGAGCGUUUUUCCCGCAAAGUCUUCGUUGGCGGGCUCCCCCCAGACAUAGAUGAAGAUGAAAUAACCACAAGCUUCCGUCGCUUUGGACAUCUGGUUGUAGACUGGCCUCAUAAGGCUGAAAGCAAAUCUUAUUUCCCACCAAAAGGUUAUGCCUUCCUUCUUUUCCAAGAGGAAAGUUCUGUUCAGGCUUUAAUUGAUGCUUGCAUUGAGGAAGAUGGAAAGCUAUAUCUGUGUGUUUCUAGCCCUACAAUAAAGGACAAACCGGUCCAGAUUCGUCCAUGGAACCUUAGUGACAGUGAUUUUGUAAUGGAUGGCUCACAACCUCUGGAUCCCCGUAAAACCAUUUUUGUUGGUGGAGUUCCCCGUCCCCUUAGAGCAGUGGAAUUGGCUAUGAUAAUGGAUCGUCUUUAUGGUGGAGUUUGCUAUGCAGGAAUUGAUACAGACCCAGAGCUCAAGUACCCUAAAGGGGCUGGGCGAGUUGCCUUUUCUAAUCAGCAGAGCUAUAUUGCUGCCAUUAGUGCUCGGUUUGUUCAGUUGCAGCAUGGGGAUAUUGAUAAGCGGGUGGAGGUGAAGCCAUAUGUGCUAGAUGAUCAGAUGUGUGAUGAAUGCCAGGGAGCCCGUUGUGGAGGGAAGUUUGCGCCUUUCUUCUGUGCCAAUGUCACAUGCCUACAGUAUUACUGUGAGUUUUGCUGGGCAAACAUCCACUCUCGUGCGGGGCGCGAGUUUCACAAGCCUCUUGUUAAAGAAGGGGCCGAUCGUCCUCGACAGAUUCACUUCCGCUGGAACUGAAGGCCACAGAAGGAGCAACCCACGAAUGAGCAAAGAGUGCAUGUGGCUUAUUAUUUAUGAGAAUACCAAGAUGCUGAGGGAGAAAUAAGUGCAUUCUUCUGCCUCUUACCCUAAGCUAUCAGUACAGUACAUAUAUCUUUUGUAGCAGCCAAAACACUACAAGCCUCUGUUUUUCACCAAAACCCUACAUCUCAGGCUUUACUAACUUUUUUGUGGUACUUUCAUGUUUUUUAAAGAAUAAGAAAAGGAUUUUUUGUAGUUUUUCAAAUUAUUUUUGUAUAUAAAAUUUAAAAUAGAUAAGAGAAUGUUUUUGCAUGGGGGCACUCAAUCUGCUGCUAUCUCCAGUGGGUGAAGCGUGCACUUAUUUCUGGGAAAUCUUGAUUUUUAGCUCUUUAAGACCUGCCCCAGUGAUUUACCAAAGGUAGCAAAAAAUAAAUAACAAUAGGAGGCAACGUGGAACAUUUAUGCCACAAUACAAAAUUAUUUUUAUUGUUGCUAUUUGCUGUGUAUUCUUAAUAAUAAAAAAAAAUAGGGUUACUUUUUGCUCUCCAUUUUGACUUGCAAAAAAAUAAUACCUCAUGAUAAUAAUCUGGUUUGUUAUUAGCUAUUUAAGCAUUUCUAACCACAAGCCGUAAUAGAAGCUUUGCUGCUAUAUAUAGAUGUUAUUUUUAAUGCCAUCUAAUAAUACAGUUGAAAUUAAAAAAAAAAAAAAAAAGAAAGAAAUACGUAAUCUGCAUUGCAAGCUAAAAUGCAGAAGGCACACUUGGCCUAAACUGCCAUCAUUUUAGAAUAUGAAAAUUGAACUGCAUGUUUUACUUACUUAUAUACACCAUAUGCAUGCAAUGUUAACACUAAUAAUGACUAAUAGGGAGAAAAUAAUGGAAACCGUAUAAAGCGUUAAUAUUAGGUAGCAUGAAGAAAAAUACAAAAACUGGAUAUAUUUAGAAAUUAAAGUUACAAAAACAACCUUGCAUGCAUCAUUGUGACGAGUAACCAGAGUGUCCUACAUAUGUACAAUAAGAAAAAAAUAUAUAGUUUUAGAUUAGAAUGUGCAGCCAUUUUUGUGACCUGGUGGAUAGUGGAAUUCGAAAACUUUUGCAGACUGGAUAUAAAAGUAUUCUCUGUGCAAUUUUUGUGAUGUGUUGUUCUAUUUAACGUGGAGUGAGGUUUUACUAUAGCUAGAACAUCAAUGUAGAACUAGAAGCAAAACAACAGAAAAAAAAAGAAUAACAAAGUUUUCCACACCCCUCUCCCCC